AUGGGUGCAAGCGGCGCACGGAUGGCACAGGAAACGGGGGAUGGCGGAAGAGAGGAGGAGCAGAGCUGCGGGGAAGUCAUUGACGACCAUAUCGCUGAACGUGCGGAAGUCGCAGGCGACGACGACGACGACGACGACGACGACGACGACGACGACGACGACGACGACGACGACGACGACGUGAGCGACAGUGGCGACGACGUGGUGCUGCUGGGGUUCGUGCAAAAGCCGUCGCACGCCUGGUCGCUCGCCCGCCAUCGCUUCCCCAGCAAAGUUGGGGGUGCGCCGGCGUACCUGGACCCGCUCAACCUGCCGCCACACGCCCUCCUCUGCCACUUCUGCUCGCACCCCCUGCGAUUCCUGCUGCAGGUGUACUCGCCAGUGGACAGCGAGCCGUCUGCCUUCCACCGCACGCUCUUCCUCUUCGCAUGCCGCCACCAGCACUGCCUCACACGCCACCAGCAGGAGCAGGCAGAGGUGGCGGACGGCAGAGCAAAGGAAAGGAGACGAAGUGUGUGUGCGCUGCGAGCUCAGCUGCCUCGUGCCAACCCCUUCUAUGCCUUCACCCCGCCCCCUCCGGAUGCACCGGGAGCACCACUCUCCCACCAAGUGCCCAUGUGCGAGUGGUGUGGCACGUGGAGGGGCAGCAAGCGCUGUGGCGGCUGCAGGCAGGUGGCCUACUGCAGCAAGGACCACCAGAAGGAGCACUGGCGAGCGGGCCACAGUGCUACCUGCCCCCGCACUCCACCCACCACCUCUGCCACCUCCCCACCCGCUGCUCCCUCUGCUCCUCACGCUCCUCUUCCUGCUGCCGCUGCUCCCUCUGCCCCGUCACAUCCUCCCGGCACCGACACGUCAGCAGCAAGGAUACCUGCCACGUCAGCAGAUGCUGAGUCAGCAGGGGGUGCAGGGAGUGACGUGUCAGAAGCGGAUUGGAGAGUGACAGUGUUGGACAGGGGCGGGUGGAAGGAGUGGGAGAUGGUGGUGGAGGAGGAGCCGGAGGAGGGAGAGGAUGGAGAGGAGGGGGAGGAGGGGGAGGAGGGUGCGGAGGGAGAGGACGCAGGGAGAGAGGGGGGGAGUGGAGGGGAAAAGGGGGUGGGGGCGCUGCUGUGGCGUGCAGUGGGUGGUGUGUGGGAAAAGGGGGCGGAUGUGGAGAAGAAGCAAUGGGCCGCGUUUCAGGCUGUGAUUGCCAAGGCACCUGAACAAGUGAUCAGAUACUGCCGAUCAGCCACCGCCCGUCCGCUGUGGCCGCAGCUGCAGGGGCAGCCGCCCAGCCAGACUGCCAUUCCUCCCUGUGGCGGCUGUGGUGCUCCCAGGAUAUUCGAGUUCCAGCUGCUCCCCCAAAUCAUCUACUACAGUGCGCCUGACGCCACUGCUGACUCAGCGCUCGACUUCGCCACUGUGGCUUCAGGAGUUGAAGCAACAGCACGGGGGGCAAGUGCAGAGGGAAGCAGCAGUGCAGCGGGCAGCAGAGAUGCAGGCAGUGGGGACGUGAAAGGCUGCGAGGCAGCAGGGCAGGGCGAGAGCUUGUACGAGCAGAGCAUGGGGUAUGUGGAGGAGUUUGUGUGGGUGCAGCUGCCUACCCAAGACCCUCCCGUCCGUCUUGCGCUGCCGUGCCUUCCACGCGUCCACUUCUCCCGCAGUAACCCCGCGACACUCGCGCUGAAUCGCGGCCACCGCGGCAUGAGGCGAGCUGCGGGGAGUUCUCGCGCAGCGACAGAGGGCCGCUCGGGGGAGUGGCGCAUGCGCGCAAGCGCAGGCGGGAUGGCGAGUGUGGGGAGUUGGGGGAGUGUGGGCCCCACACGCAUCGACGAGGACGGCGACGACACUGGUCUGCUUGACGCGUGGCACGAUGAUGACGUGGCGAUGGAGCAGGAGGGAGAGGGAGAGCGUGAGGGGGAGGGGGGGGACAUAGGGGGUAUGGAGGAAGGGGAUUUGGAAGAAGUGGCUGACUUGGAGGAGGUGAUCGAUGACGAGGCUGACAAUAUCGCGUACGAGGAGGAUGAAGACGAGGGGGAAGAAGGGGAGGAGGAAGAGGAUGAAGAGGAGGAAGAGGAGGGCGACGAGACAGGACGAGAGGAGGAGGAGGAAGAGGAGGAGGAAGAAGAGGAGGAGGAGGAAGAGGGGGAAGAAACGGAUGAGGAGGAAGGGGAGGACUCAGACUGGGCACCGGAGUCGAGCAGCGGGCAGGGGGACUCGGAGGACGGGGAGGGCGAGGAGUGGGGGCCGCAGCAGGGGCGCGCUGAGGAGGUGCAAAGGCGCGAUGGUGCAGGCGCGCAGGCGUGGAGCGAGGGGGGGGCAGCAGCAGAGGGGGGAGGGGAGGGGACGAGCGAGGAGGGACUGGAAGGCGAUGUGAGGGAGGGGAAGGCCGAGGGGAAGUGGAGGAGAAGGGGAGACAGGUGGCGGCAAGGAAAGCUGGAGGGGCAGGGGGAGGGGAAGAGGAAGAGGCAGAGGGAGGGGGAGGGGGAAGGGGACUGGUCGAGGGAGAGCAGUGGGGAUGCAGGUGGUGCUGCGGAAGGGGAGGGGGGCGAGGAGGGCGGGGAGGGGCAGUGGGAUAAUGUGGGUGCAGGGAGGGGACGGGGGACAGGCAGGGGGAGGGGCAGAGGGAGGGGCAGAGGGAGGGGCAGAGGGAUGGGGAGGGGGCGGGGGAGAGGGAGAGGCAGGGGAAGGGGAGGGAAGCGCGGCAUGUCAGGCGAGGGCGAGGAGGAGGGGGAGGGCGGUGCCCUGGGCGCAUGGAUGGCUGGCGGUGCUGCAGCAGUGCCGUCGCUAUCAGCGGCCCACCGCAACCCCGCUCUGGCGCUGCAGACAUUCCCCCACUGGGGCCGCGGUGGAGGGCGCGAAGGGGGACAGGCAGACGAGGGUGAGGAGGGAGACGAACGGCAGCGGAGGAGAAGGCGCCGCCGCACACAGGAGGGCAGUGGGGACAGCAGUGACGAGGGGGGGGGAGGCGGUGGAGGGGCGGUGCGGGCGGCGUUGUUUGGAGCUAGCAUGGACGACAUCUGGGAGGCCGCCACAGCGCCGUCUCGCAAGCGACGCAAGAUGCUGCGCAAGCAGGGCCGGCCCAAGGGGUCGUCACGCCUGUCUCCUGAGGUGGUGGCUCGCCUGGGCGAUGCCAACCUCAUGUACGCCAUGGGCCGCUACACUGAGGCCAUUCCUCUACUGGAGGCGGUGAUACGGGAGGCGCCUGCGGUGCCCGACAGCUACCAGACGCUGGCACUGGUGUACGACGCACUGGGGGAUAGGAAGAAGGCCGUGAACCUGAGCAUGAUCGCUGCGCACAUCACCCCUCAAGAUACCGCGCUCUGGCGCCGCCUCGCUGCCUGGUCGUUGGAACUGGGCAACCCCUCUCAGUCACUCUACUGCCUCUCCAAGGUGGUGCGGCGGGACCCCUCAGACGUGGAGGCGCGGUGGGAGCAGGCGCUGCUGCUGGCGGAGGCGGGCGACUACCGCCGCGCCGCUGCUGCUCUCGAGCUCAUGCGCGCUCACAGGGAGGCGGGCGGGCAAAGGGAGGCCGAUGGGGAGGUCUGCAAGAUGCUGGCACGGAUGUAUCACCGCAUCGACCAAUCAGACAAGGCCAUCGAGGUCCUCCAGUCGCUGCUCUCCUCCCCCUCCGCCACCCCCGCCGCCCCUCUUGACCUCACGGCGGUCAACAUCCUCGCCGAGCUCUACAUGACCAAGGGAAGCUUCCAGGAAGCGCUGGCGGUGGUGGAGCGGGCGCGGGUGUCGCUGUGUCCCGGGGAGGCCCUGCCGGUGGACCUGGGCGCCAAGGCCGGCACCUGCCUCGUGCGCCUGGGCCGCUUCACAGACGCUCAGCCGUACCUGCAGGCAUUGGAGCAGGAGAGCGCAGGCGACUGUGCAGACCUCUUCACGGAGGCAGGCGACGCGUUCAUGGCCGUGGGCCGGCCGGCAGAUGCCGUCCGCUUCUACCGCCCGCUCUGCUGCCACUGGGAUCACGUGCCACUCGCUGCUGCCGCUGCCGCCGCUGCAGAUGCUGCUGCUGGGGAUCCUGGGGGUGCUGCUGCUGCAGAAGCCGGUGCCGGUGGGGCAGCGACAGCGUCAGAGGGGCAAGUGGGAGGGGCGGAGGCGAUAUGGCAGGAGGUGGAGGGGCGGGCGGCGGUGUGGGUGAAGCUGGGAGCGGCGUGUGCUGCUGCUGGCCGCGUGGAUGACGCCCUGCUCAUUCUCCACCGAGGUGCGUGCACCGGAGGCACUCUCUUCCCUCCUUUAUGCUCCCUUCCCUCCUUUACACUCUUCCCUCCUUUACACUCUUCCCUCCUUUACACUCUUCCCUCCUUUACACUCUUCCCUCCUUUACACUCUUCCCUCCUUUACACUCUUCCCUCCUUUAUGCUCUUCCCUCCUUUACACUCUUCCCUCCUUUACACUCUUCCCUCCUUUAUGCUCCCUUCCCUCCUUUACACUCUUCCCUCCUUUACACUCUUCCCUCCUUUAUGCUCCCUUCCCUCCUUUACACUCUUCCCUCCUUUAUGCUCCCUUCCCUCCUUUACACUCUUCCCUCCUUUACACUCUUCCCUCCUUUAUGCUCCCUUCCCUCCUUUACACUCUUCCCUCCUUUACACUCUUCCCUCCUUUAUGCUCCCUUCCCUCCUUUACACUCUUCCCUCCUUUACACUCUUCCCUCCUUUAUGCUCCCUUCCCUCCUUUACACUCUUCCCUCCUUUACACUCUUCCCUCCUUUAUGCUCCCUUCCCUCCUUUACACUCUUCCCUCCUUUACACUCUUCCCUCCUUUAUGCUCCCUUCCCUCCUUUACACUCUUCCCUCCUUUAUGCUCCCUUCCCUCCUUUACACUCUUCCCUCCUUUACACUCUUCCCUCCUUUAUGCUCCCUUCCCUCCUUUACACUCUUCCCUCCUUUACACUCUUCCCUCCUUUAUGCUCCCUUCCCUCCUUUACACUCUUCCCUCCUUUAUGCUCCCUUCCCUCCUUUACACUCUUCCCUCCUUUACACUCUUCCCUCCUUUAUGCUCCCUUCCCUCCUUUACACUCUUCCCUCCUUUACACUCUUCCCUCCUUUAUGCUCCCUUCCCUCCUUUACACUCUUCCCUCCUUUACACUCUUCCCUCCUUUAUGCUCCCUUCCCUCCUUUACACUCUUCCCUCCUUUAUGCUCCCUUCCCUCCUUUACACUCUUCCCUCCUUUACACUCUUCCCUCCUUUACACUCUUCCCUCCUUUACACUCUUCCCUCCUUUACACUCUUCCCUCCUUUACACUCUUCCCUCCUUUACACUCUUCCCUCCUUUAUGCUCCUUCCCUCCUUUACACUCUUCCCUCCUUUACACUCUUCCCUCCUUUAUGCUCCCUUCCCUCCUUUACACUCUUCCCUCCUUUACACUCUUCCCUCCUUUAUGCUCCCUUCCCUCCUUUACACUCUUCCCUCCUUUAUGCUCCCUUCCCUCCUUUACACUCUUCCCUCCUUUACACUCUUCCCUCCUUUAUGCUCCCUUCCCUCCUUUACACUCUUCCCUCCUUUACACUCUUCCCUCCUUUAUGCUCCCUUCCCUCCUUUACACUCUUCCCUCCUUUACACUCUUCCCUCCUUUAUGCUCCCUUCCCUCCUUUACACUCUUCCCUCCUUUACACUCUUCCCUCCUUUAUGCUCCCUUCCCUCCUUUACACUCUUCCCUCCUUUACACUCUUCCCUCCUUUACACUCUUCCCUCCUUUAUGCUCCCUUCCCUCCUUUACACUCUUCCCUCCUUUACACUCUUCCCUCCUUUAUGCUCCCUUCCCUCCUUUACACUCUUCCCUCCUUUACACUCUUCCCUCCUUUAUGCUCCCUUCCCUCCUUUACACUCUUCCCUCCUUUAUGCUCCCUUCCCUCCUUUACACUCUUCCCUCCUUUACACUCUUCCCUCCUUUAUGCUCCCUUCCCUCCUUUACACUCUUCCCUCCUUUACACUCUUCCCUCCUUUAUGCUCCCUUCCCUCCUUUACACUCUUCCCUCCUUUACACUCUUCCCUCCUUUAUGCUCCCUUCCCUCCUUUACACUCUUCCCUCCUUUACACUCUUCCCUCCUUUAUGCUCCCUUCCCUCCUUUACACUCUUCCCUCCUUUACACUCUUCCCUCCUUUAUGCUCCCUUCCCUCCUUUACACUCUUCCCUCCUUUACACUCUUCCCUCCUUUAUGCUCCCUUCCCUCCUUUACACUCUUCCCUCCUUUACACUCUUCCCUCCUUUAUGCUCCCUUCCCUCCUUUACACUCUUCCCUCCUUUACACUCUUCCCUCCUUUAUGCUCCCUUCCCUCCUUUACACUCUUCCCUCCUUUACACUCUUCCCUCCUUUAUGCUCCCUUCCCUCCUUUACACUCUUCCCUCCUUUACACUCUUCCCUCCUUUAUGCUCCCUUCCCUCCUUUACACUCUUCCCUCCUUUAUGCUCCCUUCCCUCCUUUACACUCUUCCCUCCUUUACACUCUUCCCUCCUUUACACUCUUCCCUCCUUUACACUCUUCCCUCCUUUACACUCUUCCCUCCUUUACACUCUUCCCUCCUUUACACUCUUCCCUCCUUUAUGCUCCCUUCCCUCCUUUACACUCUUCCCUCCUUUACACUCUUCCCUCCUUUACACUCUUCCCUCCUUUACACUCUUCCCUCCUUUACACUCUUCCCUCCUUUACACUCUUCCCUCCUUUAUGCUCCCUUCCCUCCUUUACACUCUUCCCUCCUUUACACUCUUCCCUCCUUUAUGCUCCCUUCCCUCCUUUACACUCUUCCCUCCUUUACACUCUUCCCUCCUUUAUGCUCCCUUCCCUCCUUUACACUCUUCCCUCCUUUAUGCUCCCUUCCCUCCUUUACACUCUUCCCUCCUUUACACUCUUCCCUCCUUUAUGCUCCCUUCCCUCCUUUACACUCUUCCCUCCUUUACACUCUUCCCUCCUUUAUGCUCCCUUCCCUCCUUUACACUCUUCCCUCCUUUACACUCUUCCCUCCUUUAUGCUCCCUUCCCUCCUUUACACUCUUCCCUCCUUUACACUCUUCCCUCCUUUAUGCUCCCUUCCCUCCUUUACACUCUUCCCUCCUUUACACUCUUCCCUCCUUUACACUCUUCCCUCCUUUAUGCUCCCUUCCCUCCUUUACACUCUUCCCUCCUUUACACUCUUCCCUCCUUUAUGCUCCCUUCCCUCCUUUACACUCUUCCCUCCUUUACACUCUUCCCUCCUUUAUGCUCCCUUCCCUCCUUUACACUCUUCCCUCCUUUACACUCUUCCCUCCUUUAUGCUCCCUUCCCUCCUUUACACUCUUCCCUCCUUUACACUCUUCCCUCCUUUACACUCUUCCCUCCUUUAUGCUCCCUUCCCUCCUUUACACUCUUCCCUCCUUUACACUCUUCCCUCCUUUAUGCUCCCUUCCCUCCUUUACACUCUUCCCUCCUUUACACUCUUCCCUCCUUUAUGCUCCCUUCCCUCCUUUACACUCUUCCCUCCUUUAUGCUCCCUUCCCUCCUUUACACUCUUCCCUCCUUUACACUCUUCCCUCCUUUAUGCUCCCUUCCCUCCUUUACACUCUUCCCUCCUUUACACUCUUCCCUCCUUUAUGCUCCCUUCCCUCCUUUACACUCUUCCCUCCUUUACACUCUUCCCUCCUUUAUGCUCCCUUCCCUCCUUUACACUCUUCCCUCCUUUACACUCUUCCCUCCUUUAUGCUCCCUUCCCUCCUUUACACUCUUCCCUCCUUUACACUCUUCCCUCCUUUAUGCUCCCUUCCCUCCUUUACACUCUUCCCUCCUUUAUGCUCCCUUCCCUCCUUUACACUCUUCCCUCCUUUACACUCUUCCCUCCUUUACACUCUUCCCUCCUUUACACUCUUCCCUCCUUUACACUCUUCCCUCCUUUACACUCUUCCCUCCUUUACACUCUUCCCUCCUUUAUGCUCCCUUCCCUCCUUUACACUCUUCCCUCCUUUACACUCUUCCCUCCUUUAUGCUCCCUUCCCUCCUUUACACUCUUCCCUCCUUCACACUCUUCCCUCCUUUAUGCUCCCUUCCCUCCUUUACACUCUUCCCUCCUUAUGCUCCCUUCCCUCCUUUACACUCUUCCCUCCUUUACACUCUUCCUCCUUUAUGCUCCCUUCCCUCCUUUACACUCUUCCCUCCUUUACACUCUUCCCUCCUUUAUGCUCCCUUCCCUCCUUUACACUCUUCCCUCCUUUAUGCUCCCUUCCCUCCUUUACACUCUUCCCUCCUUUACACUCUUCCCUCCUUUAUGCUCCCUUCCCUCCUUUACACUCUUCCCUCCUUUACACUCUUCCCUCCUUUAUGCUCCCUUCCCUCCUUUACACUCUUCCCUCCUUUACACUCUUCCCUCCUUUAUGCUCCUUCCCUCCUUUACACUCUUCCCUCCUUUACACUCUUCCCUCCUUUAUGCUCCCUUCCCUCCUUUACACUCUUCCCUCCUUUACACUCUUCCCUCCUUUACACUCUUCCCUCCUUUAUGCUCCCUUCCCUCCUUUACACUCUUCCCUCCUUUACACUCUUCCCUCCUUUAUGCUCCCUUCCCUCCUUUACACUCUUCCCUCCUUUACACUCUUCCCUCCUUUAUGCUCCCUUCCCUCCUUUACACUCUUCCCUCCUUUACACUCUUCCCUCCUUUAUGCUCCCUUCCCUCCUUUACACUCUUCCCUCCUUUAUGCUCCCUUCCCUCCUUUACACUCUUCCCUCCUUUACACUCUUCCCUCCUUUAUGCUCCCUUCCCUCCUUUACACUCUUCCCUCCUUUACACUCUUCCCUCCUUUAUGCUCCCUUCCCUCCUUUACACUCUUCCCUCCUUUACACUCUUCCCUCCUUUAUGCUCCCUUCCCUCCUUUACACUCUUCCCUCCUUUAUGCUCCCUUCCCUCCUUUACACUCUUCCCUCCUUUACACUCUUCCCUCCUUUAUGCUCCCUUCCCUCCUUUACACUCUUCCCUCCUUUACACUCUUCCCUCCUUUAUGCUCCCUUCCCUCCUUUACACUCUUCCCUCCUUUACACUCUUCCCUCCUUUAUGCUCCCUUCCCUCCUUUACACUCUUCCCUCCUUUAUGCUCCCUUCCCUCCUUUACACUCUUCCCUCCUUUACACUCUUCCCUCCUUUAUGCUCCCUUCCCUCCUUUACACUCUUCCCUCCUUUACACUCUUCCCUCCUUUAUGCUCCCUUCCCUCCUUUACACUCUUCCCUCCUUUACACUCUUCCCUCCUUUAUGCUCCCUUCCCCUCCUUUACACUCUUUCCCUCCUUUAUGCUCGCUCCCUUCCCUCCUUUACAUGCUCCUCUUCCCUCCUUUACACUCUUCCCUCCUUUAUGCUCCCUUCCCUCCUUUACACUCUUCCCUCCUUUACACUCUUCCCUCCUUUAUGCUCCCUUCCCUCCUUUACACUCUUCCCUCCUUUACACUCUUCCCUCCUUUAUGCUCCCUUCCCUCCUUUACACUCUUCCCUCCUUUAUGCUCCCUUCCCUCCUUUACACUCUUCCCUCCUUUACACUCUUCCCUCCUUUAUGCUCCCUUCCCUCCUUUACACUCUUCCCUCCUUUACACUCUUCCCUCCUUUAUGCUCCCUUCCCUCCUUUACACUCUUCCCUCCUUUACACUCUUCCCUCCUUUAUGCUCCCUUCCCUCCUUUACACUCUUCCCUCCUUUAUGCUCCCUUCCCCCUCCUUUACACUCUUCCCUCCUUUACACUCUUCCCUCCUUUAUGCUCCCUUCCCUCCUUUACACUCUUCCCCCUCCUUUACACUCUUCCCUCCUUUAUGCUCCCUUCCCUCCUUUACACUCUUCCCUCCUUUACACUCUUCCCUCCUUUAUGCUCCCUUCCCUCCUUUACACUCUUCCCUCCUUUAUGCUCCUUCCCUCCUUUACACUCUUUUACUCUUCCCUCCUUUACACUCUUCCCUCCUUUAUGCUCCUUCCCUUCCCUCCUUUACACUCUUCCCUCCUUUACACUCUUCCCUCCUUUAUGCUCCCUUCCCUCCUUUACACUCUUCCCUCCUUUACACUCUUCCCUCCUUUAUGCUCCCUUCCCUCCUUUACACUCUUCCCUCCUUUAUGCUCCCUUCCCUCCUUUACACUCUUCCCUCCUUUACACUCUUCCCUCCUUUAUGCUCCCUUCCCUCCUUUACACUCUUCCCUCCUUUACACUCUUCCCUCCUUUAUGCUCCCUUCCCUCCUUUACACUCUUCCCUCCUUUACACUCUUCCCUCCUUUAUGCUCACUUCCCUCCUUUACACUCUUCCCUCCUUUAUGCUGCCCUUCCCUCCUUUACACUCUUCCCUCCUUUACACUCUUCCCUCCUUUAUGCUCCCUUCCCUCCUUUACACUCUUCCCUCCUUUACACUCUUCCCUCCUUUAUGCUCCCUUCCCUCCUUUACACUCUUCCCUCCUUUAUGCUCCCUUCCCUCCUUUACACUCUUCCCCCUCCUUUACACUCUUCCCUCCUUUAUGCUCCCUUCCCUCCUUUACACUCUUCCCUCCUUUACACUCUUCCCUCCUUUAUGCUCCCUUCCCUCCUUUACACACUCUUCCCUCCUUUACACUCUUCCCUCCUUUAUGCUCCCUUCCCUCCUUUACACUCUUCCCUCCUUUAUGCUCCCUUCCCUCCUUUACACUCUUCCCUCCUUUACACUCUUCCCUCCUUUAUGCUCCCUUCCCUCCUUUACACUCUUCCCUCCUUUACACUCUUCCCUCCUUUAUGCUCCCUUCCCUCCUUUACACUCUUCCCUCCUUUAUGCUCCCUUCCCUCCUUUACACACUCUUCCCUCCUUUACACUCUCUUCCCUCCUUUAUGCUCCCUUCCCUCCUUUACACUCUUCCCUCCUUUACACUCUUCCCUCCUUUAUGCUCCCUUCCCUCCUUUACACUCUUCCCUCCUUUACACUCUUCCCUCCUUUAUGCUCCCUUCCCUCCUUUACACUCUUCCCUCCUUUACACUCUUCCCUCCUUUAUGCUCCCUUCCCUCCUUUACACUCUUCCCUCCUUUAUGCUCCCUUCCCUCCUUUACACUCUUCCCUCCCCUUUACACUCUUCCCUCCUUUAUGCUCCCUUCCCUCCUUUACACUCUUCCCUCCUUUACACUCUUCCCUCCUUUAUGCUCCCUUCCCUCCUUUACACUCUUCCCUCCUUUAUGCUCCCUUCCCUCCUUUACACUCUUCCCUCCUUUACACUCUUCCCUCCUUUAUGCUCCCUUCCCUCCUUUACACUCUUCCCUCCUUUACACUCUUCCCUCCUUUAUGCUCCCUUCCCUCCUUUACACUCUUCCCUCCUUUACACUCUUCCCUCCUUUAUGCUCCCUUCCCUCCUUUACACUCUUCCCUCCUUUAUGCUCCCUUCCCUCCUUUACACACUCUUCCCUCCUUUACACUCUUCCCUCCUUUAUGCUCCCUUCCCUCCUUUACACUCUUCCCUCCUUUACACUCUUCCCUCCUUUAUGCUCCCUUCCCUCCUUUACACUCUUCCCUCCUUUACACUCUUCCCUCCUUUAUGCUCCCUUCCCUCCUUUACACUCUUCCCUCCUUUAUGCUCCCUUCCCUCCUUUACACUCUUCCCUCCUUUACACUCUUCCCUCCUUUAUGCUCCCUUCCCUCCUUUACACUCUUCCCUCCUUUACACUCUUCCCUCCUUUAUGCUCCCUUCCCUCCUUUACACUCUUCCCUCCUUUACACUCUUCCCUCCUUUAUGCUCCCUUCCCUCCUUUACACUCUUCCCUCCUUUAUGCUCCCUUCCCUCCUUUACACUCUUCCCUCCUUUACACUCUUCCCUCCUUUAUGCUCCCUUCCCUCCUUUACACUCUUCCCUCCUUUACACUCUUCCUCCUUUAUGCUCCCUUCCCUCCUUUACACUCUUCCCUCCUUUACACUCUUCCCUCCUUUAUGCUCCCUUCCCUCCUUUACACUCUUCCCUCCUUUAUGCUCCCUUCCCUCCUUUACACCUUCCCUCCUUUACAACUCUUCCCUCCUUUAUGCUCCCUUCCCUCCUUUACACUCUUCCCUCCUUUAUGCUCCCUUCCCUCCUUUACACUCUUCCCUCCUUUAUGCUCCCUUCCCUCCUUUACACUCUCUCAAACGCUCCCUUCCCUCUUUACACUUUCUUCUUCCGUCCCAGCUCUCUCGUCUCUUGCACCACUCUCUCCCAUCCUCACCGCCACUGGGCAUCUGCACUUCUUACCUGUUGCCCACGUCCUCAACUCCUUCGACGCUUUCCCUUCCUCCCUCUGCCCUCUUCUCUCCCUUGCGCUCCCCUCCCCUCCCCCCAGUGGUGGCGUGCCUGCCCUGGCUGCCUCAACCCCGCCUGCACCUCUCCUCUGCGCUCGCCCUCGCGGGUCGCCUGCCAGAGGCAGCGGCCGUGCUGGAGGGGCCGGGGGAGGGCCAGCAGGGGGGUGUCGAGGGGCAGCAGGCAGGGGCAGAGGCAGCACGGGGAGGAUCGCAGGGGGGUGCGUCAGGUGCCACAGGCUCUUAUGCCAUCCCCAAGGGCACUACAGUGGUGGCGCGGGCGAGGGGGCGGGGGGGAGGAGGGGCGGGGCGGCGUGGUGGAAGCUGGUGGAGGUGCGACUGGCCAGGGCGUACCUGUGGGACAAGGCUGACAACGCCAGCAAGUUCCUGGAAGUUGCGCUGCCCAUGGUGUCCCAGUCUAUAGCAGGUUAUCGAAGGAGAGAUCCCGUGAGAGUGGGGAGUCCAGAGAGCGAGUGGGACUCGUUAUCUUCAUCCCCUCGCCUCACACCCCUUUUCACCCGCUCCCUGCCCGCGCAUCAGAUUGUGGCGGCCUUCCGGGCGGCGCACCCGUGGUGGCGGGCGUGGAUGCGGCAGCUGAAGGCGCUGCUGGGCGAGCAGGCGAGGGAGGGCAAGGAGGGGCUCUACCGCGGCCUCAAGCUGCGCCUGCCCCGUGGCAUCGCCGCCGUCCAGCUGCGACUUGGGCCUGCAGGGCGUGGACGGGCCCUCCUUUCUCAACACCCUCGCCCCUCCCCUCCUCAUCCCGCCUCUCUCAACCCCAUCCCCCCCUCCCCUCCCCACUCCCCUCCCCCUCCCCUCCCCCUCCCCUCCCCCUCCCCUCCCCCUCCCCUCCCCACCCCCUCCCCCUCCCCUCCCCCUCCCCUCCCCACUUCCCUCCCCACUCCCCUCCCUCUGGGCGCCACACAGCUGAGCUCUCUGAACCCAUCCCCCGCUCCUCCCCCUUCCCCUCUCCCCCCCUCCCCCCGGUGGUGCGGCGCACAGCUGAGCGACUUGGGGCUCAAGGACGUGGACGAGCCCACGCUGCACGAGGUGCCGCUUCCUGGAAUCUUCUCAGACGACCAGCAGUUCGCCCUGCUUCUCAAGGUGGUGCAGGCUCUGCUGCAUGAGGGCCGCCCCAUGGAGGCUGAGCGCCUCGUUGAGACCGCUCUUUCCCGGAACCUUCCCAAGCCCAUGAGGAAGCAGCUGCAGUCAGCCAUUGCUGAGGAGGCGAGCGGCAUGCUGCAGUUUGAGGUGGCGCGGGCCAUCAUCAGCGAGCAGCCUCACAGCAUCCAAGGCUGGUCGCUCUUCCACUCCCUCACCCUCAGGGGCACGGAGAGCAACGACCGGCGGGCCAAGUUCCUGCAGCAGAUGCGCAUGCGGCAGCCGGCGUGCGUGGCGGCCAUGGUGGUGUCGGGGCACCACCAUGCGCUGCGCGGCCACAUGCAGGGCGCGUGCCGCGAGUACCUGCGCGCCCACCGCCUGCACCCCCACGACCCCCUCAUCUGCCUCUGCUCUGGAGUGGCGCUGCUGGAUCUCUCCCUGGGCUCGCGCCUGCGUGACCGCAGCCAGUGUGUGCUGCAGGGCAUGGCGCUGCUGCAGCAGUACGCCCAGCUAUCAGGCGACACUCAGGAGGUGCAUUUCAACUUGGGUCGUGCGUUCCACCAUGUGGGUCUGCUGCACCUCGCUGUCGACCACUACAAGCGCGUUCUCUCCUCCGCCACUCCACAUCGGCACCAUGCCACGGCCGAGCAGCUGGGAUUGAGAAGCCGCAGAAGCAGGGAGGUUAGAGAUCAGGAAGGGCAGGAAUAUGACGCAGGGUUGAAGCGAGAAGCAGCCCAUAACUUGGUGGCCAUUUACAGAAAUAGCGGAGCUGAUGCGUUAGCCAGACAAAUCAUGAGAAGCUAUCUGACCAUUUGA